UGCAAGUGUCCCCUGACGAAGCUUUCGUGAUAGUCAGCUACGUAACAGGAGGAGCAUAUUGGUCAUAUGCGCCCACCGACACCGAUGUAUGCGCCUGAAGAUAGGAAGCAACGACCAUCCAAAAUAGACAGAAACAACACUUAACCACAGAAUAAUUUCUGUGAACUAACCUCUUCUCAUAAAGUAAACAAAUAUGUAUUCCUGUAGUUUGAAACGAUUCCCUUCUUUUUUUAACUCCUCUCGAAAACGAAAUUAUUGUCGAGAAGUUCCAGAAAGUAUUUUAAAUGUCUUGAAAAAUUCAGCCGUUGGUGAUGAAGUUAAUAUAAAGGGAUGGGUUAAAUCGUUGAGGAAACAAAAGGAAAAUGUCUUCGUAGACCUCAACGAUGGGUCAACUGGACAAAAGUUACAAGUUAUUAUACCUCAAAAUUUAUUUCCCAAAAAUGUAAGUCCAGGUGCUUCUAUAAGUGCUAGUGGCUUAUUGAAAUCAUCACCGAAGGGACAAAUUGAAUUAAAUGCCAAUGAAAUCAAAAUAUAUGGAGAAUGUGUAAUUGCGGAUGGUUAUCCGUUUUCUCCGAAGAAGUGGUAUGCACCAGAAUAUAUAAGACAGUAUCUCCAUUUGAGACCAAGGAUCAACAGAUUUGCAUCCUUGAUGAGAACAAGGAGCACCGCAACUUUUGUUAUACAUGAGUAUUUACAAUCUGAAGGAUACAUAAAUGUCCACACUCCUAUUUUAACCUCUAAUGACUGUGAAGGUGCAGGAGAAAUUUUCAGAGUAAUUCCAGAAAGUAAAGAUCUACUUAAAUCAAUGGUCAAGGAAGGAGAAUCAAUUGAUGAAGCCUUUUUCGAUACAAAGACAUUUUUGACUGUGUCAGGACAAUUACAUCUUGAAGCAGCUGCUCAUGGUUUAAACAAAGUGUACAGUUUUGGCCCCACCUUCAGAGCAGAAAACUCUAGGAGUAGACUUCACCUAGCAGAGUUUUAUAUGCUUGAAGCCGAAGUUGCUUUUCUAGAAGAUAUGCAAAAAUUAUUAUCUGUCAUCGAAAAUUUGUUGAAAAAUGUGACUAAAUUAAUGUUGGAUAGAUGUGAAAAUGAUAUAAAUUCUUGUCAAGAAGAAAAGCCUGACUUCAAUUGGCUGAACAAAAAUUUUCCUAUAUUGACUUAUGACGAGUCUGUCAAUAUUUUGAAGGAUAACCAACCAGUAUUUUCAGAGGGAUAUAAGCCAGAAGAAGGUAUUUCAAAAGAGCAUGAAUUAUUUUUAGUGAAACAUUGUGGAAAUGUUCCAGUAUUCAUUAUAAAUUGGCCUAAAAACAUCAAACCCUUUUACAUGAGAGAAUGCCAGGAUGAUAGAACCAAGGUACAAGCAGUAGACCUAUUGGUUCCAGGAAUUGGUGAAAUAGUUGGUGGAAGUUUGCGUGAAACUGACUGUGAAAAAAUCAGAGAUUCUUUAACCCACAACAAUUCUCAAUUGGAUUGGUAUUUUGAUUUAAGAAAAUAUGGAGGAGUUCCUACAGGUGGCUACGGUCUAGGUUUUGAAAGAUAUUUGUUAUUUAUUACUGGACUGAAAAAUAUAAAAGAUGUAAUCCCAUUUCCUAGGUGGCCUCACAAUUGUAAUAUGUAAAUAAAAAUAUUAUUUAGUGUCAA